AUGGUCUGGCUGAUCGUCCACAUCUUCUCGACAACCUUGUUGCAACAAAACUUUUGCAGAGCGCGCGAAAGGACAAGCAAAUUCAAUCGAACCAUACACUCGAUGGACCCAGCACAGAAUGCUCGGACGCCUGCCCAGACCCUAGUUACAGCAUACCUUUCCUAUUCUUUGCUUGCCGUCUCAUGUAUACGCCUAUAUGCCCUGUGGAGCAACAAUCUUGCCACACGAUUCGACGUGCUCAUCUGCCUCUGCGCUUCCAGCCAGGUUCUUGCAGAGAUACUUCGAAAAGCAACCACAGAGACCAAGCUGCCUCAUGAGUUAGUAGAUCUGGACACCGACGGCGAACAUGCCUCAACCCAGCCUGAUACGGAAAUGUCCCCAUCCACUCUCAGAUCUAUUGCAGCUUUUCUUGAAAAGAGAAAAGCAACUGCUGAAGUGAUAGCCAUUGCUGCUAUCCUCCGAGUUUCUUGGAAUCCCCUUGACAGAAGCAACCCGCUGUAUGGCUGGACAUCUGUCUUUGCUGGCUGUUUUGCUGGUGUUGCUCAGCUUUACAUUCGAGAACGCAUGCAGAAGGAGUAUUGCUCGGUUGAGGACUGGGUAGUCUGUUAUGUUGGGAUGUGGAUAGCAUUUCUUGCAUGA